AUGAGCGAGGUAAAUACACAGAUUACACUAUACGCGUUGCAAAAAUUGUUAACUAAUAAAUUAUCUACACAUAAUAUUAAUUCUCGUUCAAAGACACCAUCAUAUCAUCGGUCAAACUCAACAAUAGCUGAGGAUAGUCAAUUGACAACCUUUGCGCCAUACAUCCAAGCUUUCUUAACACAGACUUCCCGAAGAUAUUCCUGCUUCGGUGUGAUGUUGCCCUUAGCCUUUGAACGUGCAGCUGGUAAUUCAUUUCUUAAUCCAAAAUUUGAUUCACAAGUACUCGAGGAGCAGUAUCAAAUAUCAAUACUUCCACAGAUAAGAUUAAGAUUCCGUUUCGCCUUACUUUAUAUACUAUGUAUGACGAUUAUUUGGCUGUUUUAUUUCACUUUUCGAGCCAAAGAUGUUGCAGUUCCAUUAAAUGUGACGCUUGGAUUAUUGAUAAUUAUGUCAAUAGCAGCUAUUUGGGUCACCUUCACAAGCUUCUACAAGAAGCAUAUGAUACUUUUCUCGAGCAUGUAUUCAUUGUUAUUAAUCGCUUCAUGCUUGAGUUGGCUUUACAAUGCGGGAACGACGCUAAGUGUUCUGGGAAACUUUGUCAUCUGUAUCAUUUGCAUAAUCAGCAUCUAUACUGUCAUUCCACUCAAAAUGUAUCAAUGUCUUUUGAUGGCGGUCGCUUACUCCAUAGCUUUUGAAGUUCUCUCGUAUAUUAUGAAAGACAAAACAUAUUAUCAACCAGGUCCCGAUGGAUUUCACAACAUACAAAUUUAUCAAAUCAUCACUCUAAGGAUUAUGCUUCAUAUAUGUGUUCACAUCAUUUCCUUUCAUAUGAUGUUAAUGUCUUCGGUGCGGAUGCGUGGAACCUUCAUCAAAGUCGGACAAAAUUUACUUGUGCGUCGACAAUUGGAACUUGAGAAGCAAUUGAAAGAGAAGAUGAUAACAAGUAUGAUGCCGAAAGUAGUUGCGGAUAUGUUGCUUAAAGAAUCGAAGAAUGACUAUGAGAUUUCAAUACAAAAACCAAGACAAUCAACUUCAGAUUUUAACUUAAAAUCUCUGUUUCGUCCAUUUCACAUGCACAGCAUGAAGAAUGUUUCAAUACUUUUUGCUGAUAUUGUCGGAUUUACGAAAAUGUCGAGUAAAAAAACAGCCGAACAACUUGUGGAAAUUUUAAACGAUCUAUUCGAGAGAUUCGAUAGUCUCUGUGGAAUUCAUGGAUGCGAAAAGAUAUCAACAUUAGGCGACUGUUAUUAUUGUGUUUCGGGUUGUCCUCAUGCGAGGGAUGAUCAUGCAAUUUGCUGUGUUGAAAUGGGACUCGGAAUGAUUGAAGCAAUGAAAAUAUUCGAUGCAGAACGUCAUGAAGGAAUUAAAAUGCGUGUUGGCAUUCAUACCGGAAAUGUUUUGUGUGGUAUUGUUGGAACAAAACGUGUAAAGUUUGAUGUCUGGUCGAAUGACGUGACAUUUGCGAAUAAAAUGGAAAGUACUGGACAUCCGGAUCGUGUUCACAUAUCAGAAGAAACAAAAAGAUUCCUAGACGAUUCUUACAAUGUUCGUGAAGCUGAUGAAAUUGAUGGGCAUAAAACGUUUUUCAUUUUAAAUCGUCGAAAUAUAACACCAAGUCAGCGAUCAAUUCUCAGCAACAACAGUUUAAAUCUAAGGCUUGAAUUUAAUUCAAAGAAAUUGAAGAACUUAUCAACAACUGAUAUUCCAUCAAUAACACCUGCAUCACCAAAUCCAACAACAAAUGUAACAUCAAUUCAUCACUCAAAGUCAUUAAGUCCAUCACCAAUUCUAAAUACACGACGACGAUUAGCAUCAAUAAGUGAAACUGUCUCAAAACUUCUCUCAUCGGCAGCAGCAGCUGCAUCACGAAAUGUCAACAGUGAUCAAAAUAAAAAUUUCCAAGAACAACGUAAAGCGUUAAAUCCUACGAUAAUUAUUGGAAUAUCUGAAGUGUCUAUAAGUAAUGAACUCAUGAAUCAUGAACAGAGUAAUAAUGGGACCAUUAAGGACGAAUCUCUUAAAGAUGAAACAUCAACAACUAUGACGACGACGACGAACAAUUUAAGUUUUAGAAAUGCUAAUAGAAAUAAUGACUGUGAUAAAAUAAAUGAAAAACUUGUGCCAUAUGAUGGAAAUCGCCGCGGAUAUCAGCAAUUACCAUCAAUUUCUGUGUCAUCAUCAUCAUCACCGCCUUUUGUAGUGGAUAAUAAUGCAAAUCAGCAACAUUUGAAUGAGAAUAAAAAAGAAGAUGAAUGUGAAGGUGAUGAUUCUUCAAGUGUUAAUAUAACAGAUUUGCGAUCGUAUAUUUCACAAUCGCGUUGUGAUGUUUCACCAUUCAGUCGAAGUGGAAGUAAUCGAAGUUCUGAUCGUCCACAAAAUCUUACUCACCAUCGUUCGCAUAGUCAACACAGUUCACUCUCACCAUGGUAUCAGAUGCAACCAAAUGAUUUUUCAUAUGUUUCUCCAAGUCGAAAAGAUUCCGGUAUUAAGACGAAUAGUCGAAGAUCAAGUAUACAACAUCAGCAUUAUUAUAAAAAUUCGCUGACCACUCAAAAUCGUGUUUCAGGAUACUACACAAGUUCACAAUCAAGUUUAUGCCCAACAACUGAGUAUCAGACUGAAGAUAUUCUCAUGAAAUAUUUGCCACCAUCAUCAGCAUCAACAGCAGUAGGAGGAGUAGAGGGAGGAGUAGUAGGUGGGACUGGUAAUCAUCAUAAACAACAUUUGAACGGUGAAGAAACUCUCAAAGCAUGUGUACAACAUUUAAGAAAGCAAUCUGAUCUUCAAUUGAUCAAAUGUGUUCGUGACAAUGCAAGAUCACAAAGAAGUUAUUUGGUGAAGCCACCGAUAAGAAAGUUUUCUCUUUUAUUUGAAUCAUCAAUGAUGGAGAAGACAUUCAGAAAUAAAGCCCAUCGAUAUGAGAGCGAUGAGGAGACAACGACACCAACUUAUACUCUGACAACACCAAAGUUCAAUACCUUCAUUGACAUUCUCGUUCUUACUGUCAUUUUCGGAAUGGUUGCCUUCUCGUUGUUUCUCCUUUCGCCAUCGAUUUAUUCAAGAAAAUAUAAAGUGUGGGUAUGCUGCUUUGUGUUGUCAAGUUCAGUGAUUUUUAGUGUUUUAUUUUUGUGUACAAAACAAAUUUGUCGACGAAUAAGAAAUCGACAUCAUACGAACACUUCUUCAAACUUUAAUUCAAUUUUUGGUUGGACAUCAAAAUUCUAUCCAUGGAAUUUAUUUGGCUGUUUGCUCAUCUCCUUGCCGGUUGCAUCGAUUCUUGUCAAUUUUACACUCACAGACAUUGAAAAAUUUCCAUCAAUUCAAUUUUAUUAUGGAUUAUUAUUGUUCGUAUGUCUUAUUCAUUUCUGUAAUUUUAUUCAACUCAAUUGUUGGACGAAAACAAUUCUUGCGAUGCUUUCAGCGAUUAUUUUCAUUAUUAUUGCUUAUGAUCAUCACGGUAGUCGAAUGUCGGCGAAUAAUUUAUCACAGCAAAUAAAUUCUUCGAUAAACGAUGAAAGCUUUACUAUAAGUGAAGACAAAUUUUGGUACAAGCAUUUUGAGUUUGAACUCUUCUUGGACAUUUUCCUCGUCUUGAUUCUUGUCUUUCUUCUUAAUCGUGAAUUCGAAAUUGGAUAUCGUUUGAGUUUCUAUGGGAAUGAAGUUGCGAAUCAGGAUAAAAUCAAGGUUCAAAACAUGAAGAACCAAGCUGACUUGUUACUCCACAACAUCAUCCCAAAACAUGUCGCUGAAGAGUUAAAAAACACCGCGAAAUAUUCAAAGAAUCAUCAAGAUGUUGGGAUUAUUUUUGCGAGUAUUGUAAACUUUAACGAGAUGUAUGACGAAUCAUAUCUUGGCGGAAAGGAAUAUUUACGAGUUCUUAAUGAACUUAUUGGAGACUUUGAUGAACUUUUACUACGUCAAGAAUUUAAAUGCAUUGAAAAGAUAAAGACAAUUGGAUCGACUUAUAUGUGCGCAAGUGGACUGGACUCGACAUAUCGUAGUGACUCAUAUGAGCAUCUUUAUGCGCUUCUUGAUUUUGCUGUUGCAAUGCAGAAUGCACUUGAUAAUUUUAAUCGUGAUUUAUUGGAAUUUAAUCUUGUCUUGAGAAUUGGUUUUAACUAUGGUGAAGUUACCGCUGGUGUUAUUGGCACGACUAAGCUUCAUUAUGAUAUUUGGGGUGAUGCUGUGAAUGUUGCAUCUCGGAUGGACUCGACUGGGAUUCCAGGUCGCAUUCAACUACGUAAAGAAUGCGUCCCAAUCUUCGAAGAACUUUAUGAGUUUGAAAGUCGAGGGAAAGUUUAUGUGAAAGGAAAAGACAUGAUGGACAUUGAUGGGUCUAAUCUAAAAACCAAAAAAAAUCGAAAGUGCCAAGUUUGUCAUCACACUUCGUUCUUAAGAUGUAUUGAAUGUGACAUCAUUUACUGUUCUUUAACAUGUUUAAUGAAGGAUAAUGAAACACAUAAACAUCAACGUACUUCAUCGCAGGCACAAGUACGAUCAGAUCGUGCUAAUAAUAAAAGCGUUCAAGAUCGAAAUGAUUCAAUUGAAAAAGUUAAAUUCGAAGAUUCGCUAUGGAAAAAGGAAACAGUUGUCAAGACCCCAAUGGAUAUAAGAAAUAAAAAGAGAGAGUUACAACCAAAUACUUCAUUGAAUACAAUUAAGGACGAAACAAAAGAAACCAAGCCUAAAAUAAAUAAUCAAAUUGACAGAAUUGGUCAACUUGAUCGAAAGUUUGCCAUGAAAUUUCCUUGGAGUGAAGAAUUCAAAGAUGAAAAAGGCUUUGUCAUGAUUUUCAUAACAGAAAAAGUUAAGAACAUAGAUGGAUCUUUCAUAUAUUGGGUUGUUCCUGAAGAUAUUGAAAAUCUUUAUGAAACAAAUCGAAAAGCUUUCAACAAAACUUACGACUCAAGCUCAUCGAUGUAUAUAGAACCAGCUGAUUUAAACAAAUUCAAGGAAUAUUUUGUAAUGGCAAAAAUUGAUGGAAAUUGGCUUCGUUGCACAAUUUCCUACAUCUAUGAAGAAGAAAAAUAUACAAUUUUAGAAGAUAUUGAUAGUGGUAAGAAACAUAUAACAACUUUUCUCAACCAAACACAAUUCAAGGUUCCAUUAGAAAAGGAACUCGCUAUUUAUGCCUUUGCAUCGCCAAUAAAAUUGGAAAAUCUUUCGAGUGAUGAUGAUAUCAAUGUUGGCGAUUUUGUCAAAAUUCGCAAAACUUGCGAGAAUGAUUCCGAUUGUCAAGUCUUUUGGAGAAGUUCUGGUGAUUUCUGGCAAAAGUCAUGGGAUGGAUUUCUAGAUUUUGCGGGAGAUGACGAAUUUAACUUGUUUAUUUGGUGGACUACUGGUUACACAUUUCUACUAUACUGGUCUUUUGGUGCAAUUUACACUUUGAUGGAUCUGACAAAUCGCCCCAAAUUUCUACGCAAAUACAAAAUUCAACCAAACACAAAUGAACCUGUUGAUUCGAAACAGUUAAUCAAAGUGAUAAUGAGUGUGGUGUUUAAUCAAAUAUUUAUAGGAAUUCCAUUUGCGAUUUUGUCCUUUUAUUUAAUGAAAUUGCGCGGUAUACCGGAAAUGAGAAAACUGCCAACAUUUCAUGGGAUAUUGUUUGACAUUAUUGUCUGUAUUUUUGUUGAAGAAUUUGGAUUUUAUUAUUCACAUCGAUUAAUGCAUUCAAAAAGGAUUUAUAAACAUAUUCACAAGCAACACCAUUUAUGGCAAAGUCCUGUAGCGGUUACAGCAAUUUAUGCACAUCCCAUUGAACACAUAUUCUCAAAUAUGCUUCCACCCUUCCUUGGUGUGCUUAUCUGUGGCUCUCACAUCACAACAGCAUGGUUGUGGUUCUCAAUGGCUUUGUUGUCAACUCUAAAUGCUCAUUCUGGUUAUCAUUUUCCAUUCUUCCCAUCACCUGAGGCACACGAUUUUCAUCAUUUGAAAUUCAACACUAAUUAUGGAAUGCUUGGUUUCCUUGACAGAAUUCAUGGAACUGAUGUUUUGUUCCGAAACUCUCCACAAGGUCGACGUCAUAUCAUGAUGUUGUCUUUUACUCCAGCACACGAACAGUUUCCCUCUAAAACUAUCUAUAACAAAGAGAGUUGAACAAACGGAAAAAUAAUCAAGCAGCUUUAGUUAUAAAUAGAAUCGCUUUUUUAAUCCUUGACAUUGAAAUUGUGUGAGAUAAGAAAUCGUAAACAAAAAACAAAACUGAUAGAAAAGCCUCAAUAAUUCGUGGGUAGAUAUUUUUAACUUUAUUAAGAUUUAAGAAGACAAACAAAAACAAAUUUUACAUUCUUUAAGAAUUGGAAAGAAAAAUUUGAAAUAUUAAGGCACGGUUUAGAUACUUUCUCAGCUGGUUGUUGGUGACUUGACUUACAUAUAUGUUUAACUGAUGUACAUUCCAUCAACUAAAAAGUCGACUCUUUGAUAAUGUCGAUUUUCGAUCCAAUUUUUUAUUUUCUUAUACAUCACAUGAAUUAAAGUAAGUAACAAUGGAAUGGCUAAAGCGAUUCCUAAAAAAAUUGCAUAACUUUUUCUCGUCUUCUUCUCGUCAUCAAUAAUUGUUCUAUCAAUGUCUUGUGAAACUUUUGGAAUUGAAUAAUCAAGUUUGGUGCUUGUUAAAUUGUAAUUUAUAUUCUUUUCAGACUCGAGUAUUUGGGAAUUGUCGUCCGCACUAAAUGUUAUUAAGGGUUUCUUCGCUGGUGCUUUUGUUGGUUUUUGAGUAGUGGUAGUUUUGGAUGUAGUUUUUGUAGGCACAACUUUAACUUUUUUAGUUGUUGUUGUUGAUGAUAUUUUCACAUUUUUUUCCGUAGAAGUUACUGUUGUUGACGAAUUGAAAUUCACCAAUGCAGGUGUCGUAUUGUUUGUAAGACUUUCUCUACUUGAAGUACUCAAUUCAGGAAUCAUAUCUGGUAUAGCUCCUUUUCUUCCUAUUAUUCUGCUUUUUGUAGCAACUGUUACAGUAUUUCCCUCAGAAAAAAUAUUUUCAUUCAACUUGAUUUCAUCCGUCACAUUUUGAUUCCAUUUUAUGGAAUUUGGCUCAUUGAUUUUUGCAACACUUACAAUUAGAUUUAACGCUAAUAAACUUAAAACAUAAAUUAUGUUACAACUACUCAUUGUUUACUAAUACUUUCUUGAAUAUCUAUCAAUUUAGUUUAAUUUCGAAUCAAAGAUUCAAUGCCGAGAUCAAAUUACAAGAUAACUUCUAUUUAGAUUUUGAUGAAAGCAUUCUGUUCUUUAAUGUUGUUGUUAUCAAGAAAGUAUUUAAUUUUUUUUAUGAACGAAUUCAAGAUCUUUCGCCU